UUUCUCUGUUUCUGACUUCCUGAAAGGUAGGAAAUAGUUGAAUGUGACCUGGUUCAAGAGGAAUAGCACAGACCCUUAAUAUUGCUGUGGCAGGAAGCAUCAGAAACUCCAGCACGAUCACUAAUACCCCGGAGGCUUCUAUUUAUGCCCAGUCUAUAAACCCGAUCACAAUUCAUUGUUUGCGUAUUCAAGCUCAACAGGAGUGACCUGCAGCACCCUGCGUCCUGCCCGUUUCGCUUCCUAAAUCCCACCAAAAUGGUUGGAGCAUCCAGAUGUUGAACUAGAAUCAGGUCUGUAAGGACCAUUAACUACUUGGGAUGAACUGUAGAUAUAAUAAAACAGCUGUGAGACUGAGUUAAGAGUGACUUGCAAGUCAGGGUAUAUUUCUUGCUUGGAGCUAGCAGAUUCUACAGUCGCCUCCCACAGGUCAAGACUUUCGGUUUGGAAAUUGUUGUGAACUGUCAAAUUUUGUGCCCCUGAUUAGCAUUUCAUGGUUUCACGGGCUAGGCUUUGACUUGUGUCGAAAAUGGGGAUUUUGUCUUAACCUUCAAUCUGGUCCGUGAGCAGAUUGUAAGGGAUAAUGUGCUUGGGAAACAUUUUAACUCUUGGCCCUAAAUUUAAUGACCAUUACCCAUUUUUUAUCCACAGAAUUUACCUGAUUCUAGUGGCGUCUAUUCAUUGCCUCAUCUACAAAUAAUCGAACAGCAUGAAGGUUGAUGCAACUUCUAUUUGUUAUUCCCAUCUCUGUUUGCUAGCAGUUGGUCUACUUGUCUCUAUCCAAAAUUCCAAGCCCUUCGAGAUACUCAAACUUCCAUUCUUUCCUCUAAGCUGUUCCCUCUAUUGAAGCAAAGACUUGUACAUCUUUCUUUGCCUGCCCAAAAUUUCCAAAACCUCUACUAUUCAAAAGUCAAGAUCAUUGAAUACUAUAUACUGAUCAAUAACUCGUCUCCAUCUUAUAUCAAAUUCUGUUGGUGCCUCAACCUUUCAACUGGUAGAGUUGCUUCUCUUUAUACCUGUAAUGGCUACCAAUUCCGCAGAUAGAAGAGAGUUACUGAUGCCAACGAAAUAUCAAGACAGAGAAAACAAUCCAGAAAGAACCAAGAUGUUAAACCUACCAAAAUCAAAAUCCGAGCAGAAAGUAGGUGUUGUUUACUACCUCACACGGAAUGGCCAAUUUGAGCAUCCUCAUUUCAUGGAAGUCCCUCUCUCUUCUUCCCAAGGACUUCAACUUAAAGAUGUGACAGAUAGGCUAAACCAUCUCCGAGGUCGGGGCAUGGCUAUCAUGUAUUCCUGGUCAUCUAAAAGGAGGUACAAAAAUGGAUUUGUGUGGCAGGACUUGUCCGAAACUGACUAUGUACAACCUUGUCAUGGCCAUGAAUACAUUCUUAAAGGAUCACUACUGCUAGAAACUUCUCUAAGCUUUCGGUCACACAACACAACAUCAUCAAGAAACUCCAAAGUUUUCUCGGACAUAAUUAGCAGCUCAAGCGAGGACUCAAAUUCUCCAGUCAUUAGAAGAAAAAACUGUUCAUUGACUACAUUUGAUGAACUUGAUGAAUACAAAGUUUACAGGGCCAGAAUCACUGGAGAAAUUGCUAGCAAGGGUACUUCUAACGUGUCAACACACGCGACUGAUAAGAGAAGAGUGAGUAUUGGAAAUGUGAAUUUUACUAACAAAUCUCAUUGAUUCAAGGAUUGAAGUUUUGAGCAUUUGAAAAUCGAGGGAAGAAAAUAUCAAUGAGAUUAGCAUUAUUUUUAAAACUAACUUGUUUCCGGUUAUCCAUCUCAAGCAUGAUUGAUGGUGGCUUAAUAAUAAUAAUAAUAAUAAUUCCUUUUGUUUUGCCAGCAUAACAAAUAAGUGGAUUUAAUUAAGAUGGUCAAAGCCCAGUAGAAAACCAUAAACAAGGGUCUAUUUGGGCUCGGAACAAGCAUGAUUAUAGCAGCACUCCAGCCAUGGUCCCAGCUGGUUAGGGAGGAAGGUUAUAUGGGCUGGGCUCCAUCUUUUUCAAAUCACCUCCUGUAGUUUCACAGGAGUAACAUUUUGUGCCCUUAUUUCUUAUAAAUCACAAACAACAUUUUCAAUUUGCGUCAUCUAAGAGUUUGAAAAUACCAAAACAUCCUCAUUUCCCCCACAUACUCUCUCCCUCUCCCUCUCCCUCUCCCUCUCCCUCUCUCCUCAUUUUUCUUUAUCUUUGUUAACUUUAAAAAACAUCAUUUCCUCCAUCGAAUCAACCAUCUACCACCACCAUCCUAGAGGACGGUAGCUGAUGGAUUUGCCUUGUGACAGGGCUAUGAGGGGCAUCUUGGAUUAUUAAGAAUGAGCUGAUAGUUUUUUUAUAAUUCUCUUGAAUUUUUGGUGGAUGAGAACUUGGAAAAUGUUCUGCAAUCGAAAUAAAAAAGAAUCUAAAUCUUGCAUUUUGAUAGAGUCUAACGAGGAAAUUUACAUGCUGAUCAAGAUAAAACUGUAUGUAUUAUGUGAGAUUAAAUUACAAAAUAUACUUAUGUUUAAUUAUUUGUAAUUUAUGAGAAGUGGGAAUGUAAAGUGUUGUUGUUAUGAAACUAUAAAAAGAAUUAAGAAAAUAUAUCCAUUGAUUUUUCUGCUAUAAAAGACGAAUAACUUUUACCUUCUCCCUUGUCUUUUUGUUUGUUUGUUUUUUUCUUUCUAUUCACCUUUGCUUAUUGUGAUUGUUCUGUAUGAUGCAGCUUUUGAUUUAUCUCUAUGUAGCCUUGGAUUUGGUAUUUUAUCAAGCAUGCUAGAGGCAGAAUAUCCCUUCAUUUGGCAAAUUGGCCUAAACAUCCCCAUGAGUUUAUUGUUCUUUUGGACAUUUUGAUGCAUGAUGAUUCGAAAAUCACUUGGAUGACUGAUUGCUUUGUCUCCACUUUUAGGUCCUUUUUUUGAAUCAAAGAAAUUUGAAUCUUUUUUCAAAACAUCAAGAAAGACAUCCAACUACAUCUGCUCCCUUGUGAAGGGAGACCUGCGGGCAAGGCAAUCAAACUUCACUGGUUCAAAUGGGAAGCCACUGUCUGUAACUGACUAAGUAACUUUUGCUCUCAGGAGGCUCGGCUCUGGCGAAUCAUUGUCAAACACUGGCGACUUGUUGGGGAUCAACCAAUCAUUUUUUUCUCAAAUAACCCGGCGAUCUGUGGUAGCAAUGGAAGAAAGAGGUCUGCACCAUCUUUGCUGGCCUUUCACAGUAACAGAGAUUGAAGAGAUUAAAUCAAAUUUUGAGAAAAUAUGUGGCCUGCCUAAUUAUUGUGGUUCAAUUGACGCUACCCGCAUUACCAUGACUCUGCAACAGUGGACCGAUCAAAUGGUGUAUGGAUUGAUCGUGAGAAGAACCACAACAUGCUCUUGCAAGCAACAGUGGACCCUGACAUGAGAUUCUGUGGUGUAAUUGUUGGGUACCCAGGUAGUUUAAGUGAUGCACUUGUACUGCAGAACUCGAGUUCCCACAAGCUAUCUAAGGAAGUGAAAAGGCUAAAUGAGAAAAAAAUAGAACUUCAAGGAGUGGAGUUGGGGAAGUAUAAAUUGGGGGCUCAGGUUUUCCCCUAUUGCCAUGGCUUCUUACUCCUUAUCAAAAUGCACUCUGGCAGAGUAUAACAAGCCACAUUCUGCAACUGGAGUUGUAGCACAGAUUGCGUUAGCUAGGCUGAAGGAAAUGUGGAAGAUAUUCAUGGGGUAAUGUGGCUGCCUGGUAAGAAUAGGUUGCCAAGGAUUAUUUUUGUUUGCUGCUUGUUGCACCAUAUUGUUAUUGACAUGGAGGAUAAGGUGCUUGAUGAGCUUCCUUCAUCUCAUCAACAUGACACAGAUUACCGGUAACAAAUUUGUGAGACUGCCAGCAAGACGGGCAUUGUUAUGCGAGAGAACUUUCUCUCUACCUUUCUCGAAAAUCAUCAUCUUCAACACUCUCUUCCUCAUGAGUUCUGCCAUAUAGAAAGAGCUGGAUGCCCUUUGGUUAAUUUGUUUAACAAAAGCUUUUGUGAAUCCUAUGAUGUUAAUUCUUAUAGGGUAACCAGUUCGAGUUGAA